GGUAUGGAGUGACUACCACACACAGGAUGGGUACUGGGUUUCAAAAUAAAAAUAUCAAACUGUUAGUAAUGAUAUAACUAGUGUAGUAGUUGUACUAGACGGUAAUAUAGAGUUGCUAGCACUCACAGCCCUUAACACCAGCAUCAACAACAUCAAUUCUGAAGAUUAUACGUACUUUAAAUUUCAGAAAAAAAAGAUGUUAGAAAGGACAGAAUUUUAAUUUUAUUGAAUUGUGUGAAUAUGGGAAAUCCAUGAUUUGUCACUGGUAGGGUUCAGGAGUUGUAAGUAGAAGCAUUACAGACAUAUCACGUUUCAUUUCUGUAAGCAACAGUCGUAUUACCUUUGAGUUGACUCUCAUAUACUUAAUCACUAGUCAUAUAAUACUGUAAAGAUGACAACUAUUCAGGGACUGCCACCUCUCCCCAAAAGUCUUAGUGGUCUUAUUAACUUGGCUGGUCGUCGAGAUGGCGCUGCUGGUGGUGGUAAUGGAGGUGGGGCAAGUGGAAGUGUUAGUGGUGGAGUAGAGCGAUACAGUCCACCUGUGAAGCCUAAUACUGAACGUUACAGUCCUGUAAGAGCUGAUUCACGGACUGAAUCACGUAUGGACUCUCGCCCGGAAUCUGCUCGCUCACACUAUUCUGGAGUGGGCUAUGGUGCGAGUGCAUUUGAACCAUAUUAUGCUAAUGGUUCCAUGCAGGGAUUCACUCCUCGUUCAUCACCACGCAGUCACUCAACAUCUCCACGCAACCAAAGUGGAUGUGGCUCAGGCAAUAAAAGUCAUAGUCCAAGAGGAAGUCCUCCAGUUCCUGGUUCAAUCUCUGGAAAUAAUCCUAGACUAAGUCCUGCACAUGGUCCUCCCAGGCAACGCAGGCCAUCCACCUUAGACUCUCAGUUAGCAGUGCUAAGAAAGGAGAUGGUUGGUUUGCGUCAGCUGGAUAUGUCACUCCUUUGCCAGCUAUGGUCACUUAAUGAGUCCAUUCAAGAAUUCAAAUUGCUUAUAAACGAGCGUGCAGCCACUGCGUUAGACUGGGGUGGUGGAGACACUUCAGCAGAGGAUACAGACGAUUACUAUGGAAUCCCAGUGAGGCGUCCUAACCCUUACCUUCACCCAGUACCUGAGCAAUAUCCCCAGCUGUCACCAUCAUCUUCGGAAUCUAGCCUGGAAUAUGGUAACAUCUAGAAUGCACAUUCUUCAUUGUGCUAUUUUCACAGUGCAAUUACUUCUCUUGUUGAUUAAUUAUAUGAGAAUAUAAUUUAUAAGUUUCAAAUACAGUACUAGGGUAUUUUAUGUAUGCAUGUGGCAAUAGGCCUACAUUUUUAUUUAUAUGUAAAUGAAGGAUACUUUAAAUGCAGCUGUAUUGGAAUUAUUUAAUGCAUUUUUAUGUUAUUACUUAUGUUGACAAGUAAUUAGAGUGACACAUUUCUAGAGUAAAGUCCCAAGUUGGUUUUACAUAUUUUUGUUAGUGUUAGUUAUAAUACUUUAGUAUGUACUUCACAUGUACUUUAACUUAAAUCAUAUGCAAUUUGUAAACACCUGUAGGUUGAAUACAUAAGGUGUGCUGUUAUAUUAGUAUAGAAUUUCAACUCCUGAACCCUGUAAUUUGUUUCGUUCACUUUUGAUACUACACUCCUCUAGUGUUAUGAGGAUUAAAAGCUUUAUGUGUUGUAUUAGAUUAAUAGUAAUUGACAAUGUUAGCUGUUAACCUGCCGUUAUUUUGUGAAGUCAAUGGAACAUGAAGACAGUAGGAUGGCACAAAGGUCACGAUGUGUUCCACCAUGGCUGGAGAGAUCCAGUGGUGGACAGCAAAGUAAGAAAUACAGACAAAGCCUUGUAGGGCAGCCCAGAACAGUUAUUUAUGUAAUGAGCCCUAAAGAACUUGAGGUAGCAGCAAUGACAGCAUUAGAAAGAGAACCAGUUAUGGAUCAACAUAACAAGACUGCUGAACAAGUGAAUGUAGCGAGUGUAAAUUUAAAUAGUGAUGCAAUGUGUGCAAGUGAAAGACAGCCUACACAAGAUAUGUCAUAAGUGUUGCAUGAUACUGGUGUUCCUGGCUUAAUGCAGUAGAAACAUUCCAGGCUCAUGGCAGCUACACUAAGCUCACUCAAGCAAUCAACACUUAAUUUCACAUAAUAAGAAUUUCUUAAUACCCUUUGCAAAUCAUGUUGAUCACAUGCAACAAAUGCAUAUUUCACACAUGGAAUAAGUGAUAAAAUUGGGACUUUGCACAUUAUUGAACCUGCAUUAUGCUAGGGGAAACUUGUACAUUUAAAUUUCUCUGUCACAUUUUUUCCUUCCAGAUAGUUUUUGAAGCUCUUUUACUGUUAUGCAGCUUGUUUUAGUAUGUGCAAUAAGCAAAACUUCUAAACCAUCACAAGCAUACAUGUACCAGCUUCAAACUUCUGAAUUAAUUUGUUCAACAAACAAACAAGUUUUAUUUUUAAAAUGUACAUUAUUUUUAUCAACUUUUGUAACAUUUCACACAUCUUAAAAGUUGCUGGAGAUAUAGAUCAUUUUGGGCCAACUAGAACCAGAGCUUAAAAACUACUGGACAUUAUAUAAUUCUGUGGUCAGGCUCUACUUAUACAGCAGGUUAGGUUCUGGGCUACUGCUGUAAAGUGAAACAUAACCCUUUCUCUUUUUUUUUUUCUUUUUUUUUUCACUUUUAAAUACAUAUAAAAGCCUGAUAAUAUGUUUACACCAUCAUAUACAUUAAGUGAGCAAUAGAGCUAAGCCUAAGAAUUACAUACAGAGUACACACAUUAUUUAAAAUAUUUUUUGUCCUUAGUUUAUAGUGAAUGGUAAAUAUAUAUUUUGUAGGAAGUAUGAAUAAAUGACAAAUGGGUAUAAUUGAAAACUGCUACAUUAGUGAAAUACCAUAAAGGAAAGCACUUUAAAGUUGGGUCCCCUGUAUCUGAAUGCUAAGGGUUUAAGUUGUUUAAAGGUAAGAUUAUUAAAUGUAAUGAUAAUUUAAGUAACAAAACUGUAUGUUAAAACAGCAAUAUUAAUAUGUGCAUGAGGAUCAUUCCUGAGUUGAUUCUAGAUAUACAGCUUACAUUAGGCACAUAUGGGUUUGGGGUAUUUCCUCUUUGAAUGGAUAUCUGAACUGUCAUAUCUGUGCACCUCUGGUAGGACAGUGAUAAUGUGAAUGAUGGUGAAAGUGUCUUUUUUGGGUCACCCUACCUCAACGGGAGACGGCCAGUGUGUUAAAUUUUCUUUUAUGGUAGACUGUCAUUUAACAUGGUUUUGUUUGGCAUGUUUUGGUUAUAGCACUAUUGAAGAAUUGCGCCAUAUUUUUGUACAACGCUUUGUAAAAUUAACUUAACACGGUUCAGUUUGCGGGAGGGGAAAAAAUUUGGAGCAUGCGUCACCUGCAGAAUACACUCUGCACCACUUAAUUUCAUCUUAAUUAGGGAAAAGGCCUUGCAGUUGUUUAAAGCAGUGUGUGAUAAGGAAGGAAUGCCUGAAAAAGUGCUUAUGUUUAACACAGGCUGGUUCCACAACUUUAAGUUGUGUAAUAAGUUACAUAAUAUUAAGUUUUCUGGUGAAAGUGCUUCAGCUGAUCAUACAGCAGCAAGUAAUUUUCCUGCUGAAUUGCAGGAAAUUAUUUUUGAGGGUGGCUAUGAGCCAUAUCAAGUGUUUAAUGCUGACGAGACAAGUGUUUUUUGGAAGAAAAUGCCAACACAAACUUAUAUUAGUCAGCAAGAGAAAAGUGCACCAGGCUUCAAGACAGCAAAGGAUCGUUUCACCUUGCUCCUUUGUGGUAAUGCAUCAGGUGAUUUCAAGUGUAAGCCCAUGGUUAUUCACUGCUCUAAGAAUCCUCGUGCUUUGAAAGGUGUAGAUAAAAACACCUUACCAGUAAUUUGGAGGUGAAACCAGUCAGCAUGGAUGACAGAGGAAAUAUUUAUUGACAAGUUUAAGCAUCACUUUAUUCCUGAAGUCAAGUUUUUCCUGCACAGGAAGAACCUUGCAUUCAAGGCUCUCUUCAUUCUUGAUAAUUCUUGUACUCAUCCACAAGCUUUGUUGGAUGUGACCCCACAUGUAAAAGUUGUAUUUUUACCUCCAAAUACAACAUCUCUAAUACAACCAAUGGAUCAGUGAGUCCAGAGGAAAUGUUGGCAGAGCUCGAUGCACAGAUACAAGGGAGCCACAUAACAGAAGAUGAAGAAGAACCUGAAGAGAAACAGUUAACAUUGCAGCAGUUAUGUGAGCAGUUCCAUGUUGCUACUAAGCUAGCAGACUUUUUCACUGAAGAGGAUCCUGACAAAUCUAGAAACAGUGAUUUAAAACGGGGUCUAGACCAGCUGAUGAUGCCUUACCAUCAGCUGUAUAAUGUACUGCAGGGUAAAAGAGCCCAGAGAUCCAUUACAAAAUUUAUGCACACUCCAAUACAGCCAUCAACUUUAGUACCAGAACCUCUACCAUCCACUUCUGCCGACAACCAACAACCAUCCACCUCACCCAGUAGAGCACACCGUGCAUAUCCACUUUCUCCACAAUCGUCCACAAACACCAUUACCCACAAUUUAAGGUAAGCAAUACUGUUAUUUCUAUUGUAUUUUAGUCUUAAGCAGUAAUAUAUCACGACACUGAGCUACAAUUACAUAUUCACUUUUAUUUUUGUAAGAUCUGUUGGUCUAAAAAAAGUUGUUUGGCUUUUUGUUGGCUCCCAGGAAUGUAACCCUAUUUCUCCCAUGAGUUCUUCAGUUUGUCUAACACAGUUUUAACUAAAAUGGCAUUUUCAGGAACGUAACUACCGUGUUAAAUGAUGGUCUGCUGUAUAUCAGAUUCAGGAGGUGAAACUUUCAUAAUCUUCUGGUAGAGAAUUCCAUGUCCAUGGUCCUUUCAUUGACAUGGAGUUUAUACUCGAGUCGAGUCAGAUUCAUGGGAUAUCAAACAGAUGUUUGCUUCUUGUGUUAUGUCCAUGCAUUUUGUUGGAGCUCUCCAAGAAAAGUUUUAGCACUGGGCUAAUAUUUGUAGUGUGUGACCUGAGUAAAUAGUAUGCACAGUAGUAAGUGCAGAUGUUUUGUAUGUAAAGUAAAAUUUAGCAUUUUGAAUAGUGGGAGUGCAUGUUGUCUUGAACUUGACUAAGUGAUCAUAUAGCAGAUCUUAGUUGAGUGAGUGGGUUUUAGGUGCUGUGCUCUAACAGAUCCCCAUGUAGAUUUACCGUAAGUGAGGUAAGGCUAGACUAUAGAACAGUAUAGAAUGAGCAGUGGUAUUUGAGGUACAUAGUGUAUUUCUAAAAGAAUGCUCACUUUUAGAUAUUUUCUUAGAUUGGUGAUCGAUGUGUAUGUUCAAUUUUAGUUUGUUGUUAUGAUUUGUACCUAAGAUUUUUCCCCCAUUUUGUCUUUCAAUGUCCGUAUUUAUUUUUAUGUUCAGUUGAGUACUGUAUUUUCAGCAAUAUUGAGUGCAAGUUU